UGAUCAUAGACUCCGCCGGCUGGAGAGGCGCCUUUCCCCCCUCGCCUCCCAAGAUGGCGCAGCAGGUGAACAUCACGGAGCUUUCGCUGCCGCAACUGGAGGUGCUGAAGAACCAGCUGGACCAGGAAGUGGAGUUCCUUUCUUCAUCCAUUGCACAACUUAAGGUGGUGCAGACAAAAUAUGUGGAAGCCAAGGACUGUCUGAUAGUUUUGAAUAAAACCAAUGAAGGUAAAGAGCUACUGGUCCCACUUUCCAGCUCUAUGUACGUUCCUGGGAAGCUUUCUGAUGUUACCAAUGUCUUGAUAGAUGUAGGAACAGGUUACUAUGUAGAAAAGUCAGUGGACGACGCCAGAGAUUUCUUCAAGAGGAAGAUUGAUUUCCUGACGAAACAGAUGGAGAAAAUCCAGCCGGCGCUCCAGGAGAAGCACGCCAUGAAGCAAGCUGUAAUAGAGAUGAUGAGCCAUAAGAUUCAGCAACUAACAGCAGCGGGGACCUCACAGGCAGCCGCCACAAAGGCCUAGCAAAAACUGGUCACACACAUGCCUUCGCAGUUCACCAUUUUGUGAUGUAAACCCGAUUUUGCUGCCCCAGGAUGCAGCUAUCCAUUCAGCUGUGCAGCUGAGGGUGAGGAGGGGGUGGGGCGUUAGUUGCUUUAAUAAAUACGGGGUUGUGAUAUAACAAAAUCUUUUAUGGGAACAAUGACCAUUUUGAGGAUCCCAUCCUUUUAAGGCGACGGGCUUUCGCCAGUUUUAUUCUUGGGGUGGUUGUUAUGUAUUGCCGAUUGUGACAUGAGAUGGCCUUUCAUUUUUAAAGCCCAGUGGGAAGUUUUUUGUCACUUGUAAAUGGAAUUGUACAAAAUAAACUGGUAGGAUGAGAGAAAAUGCAA